AUGGCCAUCUUAUGUGAAAGCUGCAGCAAGCCAGUCAGGACCCGGAGCUGUGUCUCUAGAUGCCCUGUGGGGGCAUCGGUCUCCAGACGGAUGCUCAGGACCCCAAAGCCCUUCAGGUCAACCAAAGGCGCUUCCAAGGCUCGGCGGGAUCAGAUCAAUGCUGAGCUGCAGACCCUGCGCUCCCUGCUUCCCAUCUCACAGCAAGAGAAGGAGCGCCUCUCUUACCUUCACACCAUGGCUCUGGUCUGCUUCCACCUACGAGAGACUCAGCUGUUUCAUCCAGGUAAAGACCCCCCCCCUCCCGCUAGACCUGCACUGACACUGCUGGAUCCAGAACUGCUGCUUUCCCUCCCAGGGUUCAUUGUGGCUCUCACUGCAAAUGGCAAACUGGCCUAUAUCUCAGAGAAUGUGUCCCACUUCCUUGGUUUUUCUGUGGUAGAACUCUUAGCUCAUGGUGACUCCAUCUUUGACCUUCUGAACAGCUCAGCAAGCAGGAUCAUGCAGGAGAAACUCUGCUUUGCCCAGCAGCAUCCAGGCACUGAAAUUGAGUUCACCGCUGAAAUGCACACUUCGAGAGCCUUUCGGGGGCGGUAUGGACAGAACCGCCCUAUGUCCCUGAGAGGCAGAUUCCUCACACCAGAUGUAGAGUUGACUGCCUCCUCUCCUGCUUUGACUUUUGUGGCCUUCUGCACUCCAGUUGCAAGUGUCUUGAAAGAAGCAGAUUGUUCUUCGCAGAGCACUUCAUUCCAGAGCUGGCACACACUGGAUAUGAAGGUCACAGAGAUGACAGAAAAUGUUAUUUACCAUCUUGGUUAUCAGAGAGAAGAACUAAUUGGCCUGUCUUGGUACAGUCUCCUACAUCCUGAAGAUACAGAAAGAGCUGCAGAGAUGCACAGGACUCUGAUGAAUGAUGCUACUAGACACAAUUGGCAUGUUGUAGUCCGUCUGCUGUGCAAGGACUUGAGCUGGGCCUGGGUGCAAGUCACUGCAUUAAGGGAAAAUGAAGAGAGACAAGAGCUGAUUACUUGCAGCAACCACAUCCUCAGGGAGGAAGAGGGCCUCUAUAUCCAGAGCCAAGACCGCCAGCAUGGAACUGUUUCUCCAGCUACCCUAGAUCUCAGAUACUAUUCCAGAGAAACAAUGCAGCAGACAAAGCCAGACAAAGUCAGCCUUUUCUAUCAAGAACAAGCACUGGUCAAAGACAAGGCACUCAAGUACAAUCCCUGCCAGCUUCUUGAUCUUUCUGAAGAGAAGAUGCUGCCUACUUCCCUCCAGCCUCUAUUACCAACUAGCUUGCCUGUCCCUAGCAUGGGUGCCAAUGCAACCACUGUGCAGGGGACUCAAGAAACCAGAUGUCCCAUCCCUGCUGGCUGGAACAAGUGUUCCUCCUGCCCAGACAAAGCAGGCAGUCUGUCCCCCUUGAACACUUGUGCUCUCAGCUCCCCAGAAAAUGCAUAUUCUCCUGACAGCAGCCCGUCCAUGAACUUUUCUCCUUUAUGUGAAGAAAGACCACCUAUGGGGAUGUUCUCAACAAUGGGUUCAAGUCCGGAUCCAGACAGAUGGGCCAUCAAUAUUCUGGCUGAACAAAUCCAUUCCUUAGCUGAAAUCUUCUCUCAGUAUGCUAAGCAGAAACCUCAGGAGCCUCCCAGCAUCCCUUUGUCAGCUGGACAGUCUACUGAGGACAUCAACAUGGUACCUAGACAGGGCUGGGGGCCUAACGGAACUCUAGAUUUCCCUGAGGAACUCUCUGUGGAUGAAGAAAUCAUCGCCAACAUCUUAAGCAACAUCCUAGACCAUGAUAGCCUGAAUCAAUCCACUUCAGAGCUGGGAUCAGUGGGCAAUGCUCAUGUGCCAAAUGCCGAGCCACAGAUUUCUCUGCUCCAAGCACCACUAUCAGAAGCAACUCCCUGCUUGGAGCAGUGCUUCUUCAUGCAUCCUUUGUCUUCCUCUGUAUCAUCUGAUUCCCAUGUCCCAAGUUCCCAGUGGGAUUGCAAUUUCUAUACUGCACCUCAACAAGGUAGUGCUCUUGCUUCAUCAUUAUUAUAG